GGUCUCGAGUCGCUGCAAUCUGUUGCGCCGCCGCCCGCGGGAGCCGGCAGAUCCGGGUCUCGUGGCUUAGAGUGACGUGGUCAAUCGAAUCAAAACAGAGGAGGGGAGGAAGCCAGCGGCCAGGAGCAGCAGCGGCCGCGGCGUCCCGAGCAGCCGCAGCGUUCCGGAAGCUUCAGGCGGUCUUUCUGCCGAGCCUUGGUCCCGGCCCCCAUCCUCCCCGCCCCGUCGGUUGUUGUCUGGGCGGAUUUAAACAGUCGAGUUAAAUCAAGCUGGGCAAUCAUGGCAGAAGGUGGAUUCGAUCCCUGUGAAUGUGUUUGCUCUCAUGAACAUGCAAUGAGAAGGCUGAUCAAUCUGUUGAGGCAGUCCCAGUCCUACUGCACAGACACGGAAUGUCUUCAGGAAUUACCAGGGCCCUCUGGUGAUAAUGGCAUCAGUAUUACCAUGAUCUUGAUGGCCUGGAUGGUUAUUGCAGUGAUCUUGUUUCUACUGAGACCUCCUAAUCUAAGAGGAUCCAACCUAACGGGCAAGCCAACCAGUCCUCAUAAUGGACAAGAUCCACCAGCCCCUCCUGUGGACUAACUUUGUGAUAUGGGAAGUGAAAAUAGUUAACACCUUGCACGACCAAAUGAACGAAGAUGACCAGAGUACUCUUAACCCCAUUAGACUGUUUUUCCUUUUGCAUCUGCAAUAUGGGAUGGUAUUGUUUUCAUGAGCUUCUAGAAAUUUCACUCGCAAGCUUAUUUUUGCUUCCUGUGUUAUCACCAUUCCUUUUUACAGUAUAUUUGAGUAAAUGAUUAUAUUAAAAAAUUUACAUGGGCUUUUUUGGUUAUCCUCAACUUAAACAUUCCACUCAUUCUAUUUGUAACUGUGAUCAUAAUUUUUUUGUGAUGAUUUCUGGCCUGAUUGAAGGAAAUUUGGGAUCCUGCCUUUAAAUAUUUUAAAUAGUUUUGAUAGGUUUUUAAAAUUGCUUUUUUUUCAUAAGGUAUUUAUAAAGUUACUUGGUGUUCUCUGAGAUUGUAUGAAAAAAAAUUAGAACCACACUGUAUUUACAUUUACCUUAAUAGUUUAUUUGUGGGUGGCAGUUUUUUCUAGUUCUUGGGACUGUGGCAGCCUUUGGAAUAUUUUCCAGAUCUGUGUCAUCCACUACAACUGGCUUAUGUAGCUAGAAAAAAGAGGGGAGAAGAAAUGAAAUAGUUGUUUACUAAGUUUUCUAUUCCCACAAAAAUGGCUAAUAUUAGGAGAACUUUAAAUAAGCAUGAUUUAAAUAUGGUGGGUGAUUUACAGUCCAUUAUAGCCUUAUAAGGUUCAUGAAAGGGGGAAAAAAGUUAAUGCUUUCUGCCUUUGCCAGGUAUAUUCUAUACAGUAAUAAUUUAAGCUAUAAUUUAUUUGUUAAAUGGGUGCCUCUCAGGAACCUUUUCUGUUCUAACUCUUCCCUGUUAAAUGGAACUCUGAAAGCUGUCUUGGGGCCUAUUUGGUUGCUGACAUUUGAAUGCUGUUUACUUAUUUAGCCUAUUUUUUUCUGUGAAGAAAAAAUGGAGUCUUUUGUUACCCUUCUAACUUCAGAAAAUAUUUGAUGGUUUACUCCAAGGGAAAAAGAGGAAAAUGAAAAAGCAAUCAAGGAUCUUUUUUCUCACCCCUUAUCUCAUUCUUUUCUAGUAAUAAGAUGGAUUGGGGUGGGGAGGAACAUUAUUAUAAGUAAAAUUUUGAAAUGUAUAAAAAGUAAAAGGUUGUAUUGUUUUGCUCAGUUUGAAAGAAAAUGAAUACAAAUGGCAUAAAUACAAGUCUGGCAUGACCUAUGUGGUUAUGGAAUGUUUUUCUUAGCAAGUGAUUGCAGAUGGUUUAUGGGGGCUAGAAGAUAUUUUGCUAUCGAUGUAAGGAUUUUCCCCCCAGAUCAGUCUAGCUUUUCACUGUUAUCGAUCUGAGAAAUUACAUGUAUGAAUUAAUAAACUUCUCUAUAUCAUUGUACUGUUUAAUAGAGUCUCUGAUACAAUUGUGUGAUGCUCCUAGGGUAUUUUUUCCCCCUUUAUUAUGAUUACAUUUUAGGCUAUAAACUUUUUAAGGGCUUCAUUUCAUUAUAUAAUCCAAUAUUGACUGCUUGCAUUCCUUCUGUGGAUCUUAGCUUUGAGCUCAAUUUCUUGACAUAGUGUCAUCUAUUCUUAGUUACUUGUGCUAAUUGAGGGGUAUCAUAACACAGGUAAGUCAAAUCUUAGAUAAGGGAGCACCAUAGAUUUAAAUCUUCCUCUUGCUGUGGCCUACUGGAAGCGUUCUCAGCUUUACAGCUGUUAAGAGUAUUCAAUGCAGAAAGGGCAGGGGUGGCGUAGGUUGGAGUUAAAUCUCUAUAAGCAUUCCUUUUUCUGCCCUUGGCCCCUGGACUUUGAAGGCUUGCACAUACAUCCUAGCAGUCUGUUCUCUAAGCUGCUAGAAAGCCAGCCUCUGGCAGAGAUGCUGAUGCAUCCACUGAAUCUGUGGCUCACAAGUAAUUGAGAAUUGGCUUUGGUUGAAGCCAGUUGGCCUUGACGAGAAAACAAGAGUGUCUAGUGUUAGUUGACUAGAGACCUACAAAUCUAGAUUCUUAUUCCUGGUUCUUCAUUUCUGUCACAUACACUUAAUUGACAGUACAUCUAGUAUAUUAACGUUUUCUAUAUGGACCGUCUAAUUAGGAACAAAAGUUCCUAGAGAAAUACUUAGUUUUGGGGUUUUUUGCUUGUAAAAUUUCUCUGCAUUCCUGAGAAAGACCGCAUACUACUGCUUUAAAGUAUUCCUGUUAACCUAACUAGUAAUUUAUAUUACUCUAUUUAAUUCUUAAAGCUUCUACAUGUGGCCUUUUUAUUGAGCACACACUUACUCAUUACUUGGCUUAUAUUCACCGGAACUGUGGCUACAUUCAUUUUUAAAUAAUUUGGAGAAAGGAAAGAUAAAGCUUCAUAUUUUAGUCACUUUGGGCUCUUAAAUGUUCCACAAAUAACAUUAAGUUUAUUUUGUUUGAGAGUCAUGUAAUGUCCCUUUUGCAAAAUAAUGUUUUCUAGCUUUCCAUAUGGAAAAAGUUAACAUUGGAACUGUGUAUAGUAAAAGAGUUUAUCAUGUAUCUAUCCAAGCACUAUCCCAUGGCCAGCAAGUCAUAUUUUAAAUAAACUUGCAGAAAUUUUCUAAAGUGACUAUAAGGUUCAGCUAGUCCAUGGUCACUUUUAGUGUCAUCAUGGUAUGUGAUGUGAUAGUGUUUAUAGAAUGACUGAAUUCUUUUAUUUUCAAAGGAACCUUGGAAAUGUAUCACUCUGAAUUAAAGCCUGUCACUCUAAAUAAACAUGCUAAAAUUUGACCAGCUCGUCAGCUUCAGACACAAAACAGCAACUUGAGGAGAAAUGAAGAGUUUACACAUAAGGGGUUAAAUUUUUGUUGUUGCAAUAGUAGAUUUAGUCUUAACAUGAUAUUUCUAAAUGAAGAGCAUAUGUAUUUGUUACCAUGUCUAAUGAUUACUUUGUUAAAAGCGAAAGUGGUCAUGUGAUGUACUAAGUAUGAAUUGCUGUUUUUCAAUGUUUAAGUCAUGCCAAACAAAUCAUGUCUGUGCCAUCCAGGGUUUAUUGUAAUCUUUUACUGAGUACUUGGACUGGGAUAAAGGGCUUGUACUAUGCACUUUUUAUUAAUGAAUAAAUAGAAAACAUUAGUAACGUA